AGCGAACGCCGAGCUCCGAACACUACACCGAACACCGCACACCGAGCACCAAGUGGGUCCAUCACAGCUCAGAAAGCAUCGCAAUAGACCAAAAGAUUUAGUUCGAAACGGAAACAAAGCGCGACAAGUGCUAAUAAUUAAAGGCACUUACCUAAAGUACACGAUCGACAUGGAGGCCCCGGAGUUCAAAGACUUUGCCAAAUCAAUGGUGGAUUAUAUAGCCGAAUAUUUGGAGAACAUACGAGACAGACGGGUCCUGCCUGAGGUGAAGCCCGGGUACUUAAAGCCUCUGAUUCCGGAUGCAGCGCCCGAGAAGCCAGAGAACUGGCAGGACGUGAUGCAGGACAUCGAGCGAGUGAUUAUGCCGGGAGUGACGCACUGGCACAGUCCCAAGUUUCACGCCUACUUCCCGACGGCAAACUCGUAUCCGGCCAUUGUGGCGGACAUGCUGAGUGGAGCGAUCGCCUGCAUAGGGUUCACCUGGAUCGCAAGUCCCGCCUGCACCGAGCUGGAGGUGGCGAUGAUGGACUGGCUUGGUAAGAUGAUCGAUUUGCCUUCCGAGUUCCUGGCCUGUUCGGGCGGUAAGGGAGGCGGCGUCAUCCAGGGCACCGCCAGUGAGUCCACUUUGGUGGCCUUGCUGGGCGCCAAAGCAAAGAAGGUUAAGGAGGUCCAGGCCCAGCAUCCAGAUUGGGACGAGCACACCAUCGUUGGCAAACUCGUCGGCUACUGUUCUGACCAGGCGCAUUCCUCCGUGGAGAGAGCGGGACUUCUGGGUGGGGUCAAGCUGCGUUCGGUGCCGUCGGAGAAGAGUCGCUUGCGGGGCGAGGCUCUGGAGACGGCCAUCGAGCAGGAUCUGGAGGAUGGCCUGAUACCUUUCUAUGCUGUUGUCACCCUAGGCACAACCAAUUCGUGCGCCUUCGACCGCCUGGACGAAUGUGGUCCGGUGGGAAACAAGCACAAGGUGUGGAUCCAUGUGGAUGCCGCCUACGCAGGCUCUGCAUUCAUCUGUCCAGAGUACCGGCAUCUGAUGAAGGGCAUCGAGGCGGCCGACUCGUUCAACUUUAAUCCCCACAAGUGGAUGCUGGUCAACUUCGAUUGCUCGGCAAUGUGGCUAAAGGACCCAAGCUGGGUUGUGAACGCCUUUAAUGUGGAUCCGCUCUACCUGAAGCACGAUAUGCAAGGCUCUGCUCCGGACUACCGCCACUGGCAAAUUCCCCUCGGACGACGGUUCCGCGCCCUCAAGCUCUGGUUCGUCCUGCGGCUGUACGGUGUCGAGAACCUGCAGGCACACAUCCGCCGCCACUGUAACUUUGCCACACAGUUCGGGGAGCAGUGCGUCGCUGAUAAGCGCUUCGAGCUGGCCGCAGAAGUGAACAUGGGCCUCGUCUGUUUCCGGCUCAAGGGCAGCAACGAGCGCAACGAGGCUCUGCUAAAGCGCAUUAAUGGCCGAGGAAAUAUCCACAUGGUGCCGGCGAAGAUACAGGAUGUGUACUUCCUGCGAAUGGCCGUCUGCUCGCGCUUCACUCAAUCCGAAGACAUGGUGUACUCUUGGAAGGAGGUUGCCGCCGCCGCCGACGAGAUGGAUGCUGAGCAGUAAGUCCAGCUCAGCCUUUGGGUUGUGACAUGUUUAGGGAAUUUACAUCGCAAUAAGAUGGACCGGGAACUACCGUUCAUCGCCACAUCACAAUUUAGUAUCUUAUCAUCGUAUCGUUGUCGUUGUUGUUAAUGCUUUAAAUGUAUAUUAUGCUACUUUUAAUUAAAUUUAUCUGCUUAAAAAAA